AUGGAACAGCUCUAUCAUCAAACAACACAAUUAAUACAAGAAACAACAGAUUUGUUUCAAAAGUUAGAAAUAGAUCCUUCGGAGAGUAUAGAAAAUGCAAUUCAAUCAAAAAUUAAUGCUAUUACUACAAACUGUGAAAAGUUGGAUAUUUUUGUCUUCAAGACUCCUAUCAACCAACGGCCCACGGCGAAAUUGAGGGUUGAUCAAUUAAAAUAUGACAAUAAACACAUACAGGCGUCUCUUCUUAACGCGCAAAAUAAGAGGCGGAGACGGGAGCAGGAAUUAGCGGAUAGAGAGCAGUUGUUAAGUCGAAGGUUUGGUCAUGACCAUACAGCCAUUAAUGUUGAUUUCCUAGCACAGGAACAAGCGUCUUUGCAUAAUUCGCAUCGGAAUGUUGAUGAAAUGCUUCAUACAGGUUCAAAUAUUUUGCAGACACUGAGGUAUAACAGAGACACUUUGAAAGGUGCGCAUAGGAGACUGAUCGAUUUGGCGAACACCCUCGGACUUUCAAACGCGACUAUCUCGUUGAUAGAGAGGAGGGUAGCCCAAGACAAAUAUAUGUUAUUCGGUGGAAUGUUUGUCACUCUAACUGUGAUCGUGCUUGUAAUUAUGUUCUUGUUA